UAAAGAGGGGAGCGAUCUACUGGUUGAAAAUCUAAUAUUUAUUAAAUAAUAAUAAAUUUAAUAAAGAUUUUAAGUAUAGUGAAUCGAUUUAUUUAUUUAUUCGGUUAACAACAGUUUUCCAGGAAUCAAUUAGGUCAUUAAAGUGUACUACAGUACAAUAGAACUUCCCGCUUUACGACCCCCCCUCUAUAGUAUUUAUUAAAUUUUAUAAAAUAAAUACUAUAAUAGAAAGCUUAAAAGUAUAUCCCCCGCUUUUACGACAAGUAUAAAUUAUUUUUAAUUACGACUUUACGAAAGAUUACAUUUAACUUCCUUUUUGUAAGCCAUUUCUACACCGAUAUUACGUAGUAAAAAUUGUUUUUUUUUUUUUUAUUAUUAUUUCCAGGAACGUAAUCUCAAUUUAUGACCCCCAGCUUAUGAGAAAUAGGACAGCUCGCUUAACGACGCUUUUCCAGGAAUUAAUUAGGUCGUAAAAGAGGAAGCCUGCUUAAUAUAUAUAUAUAUAUAUAUAUAUAAUUAAAUAUAUAAUAUUUGCAGAAAUACAUUAUAUAGACUCUCCUCUUUACGACUGAUAUACAUUUCUCUUAUGGUUGUACAAAAUUCUGUAUUUAAGUGUGCCAUUUCUGCAGUUAAAGCUGCCAUUUCUAAGAACGUAACCUCAAUUUAUAACACGUGUUAUAGGAAGUUACAUUUCGAAGGCUCGCUUAACGACAGCUUUCCAGGAACCUGAUCUAGGAUCGUAAAAGCGUUCAGCAUAUCUCCGUUGUACGACCCCCCUGUUUUUACGACCCAGUUUUUUGAUAACUUCAACGUCUGGCUGUCGACUGACUGACAGAGAACAACGUACAACAGAGAGCGAAACAUCUUAUCUAGUGUUAAUGACUGAGUCAACGUGUUUUUAACGUUAAAAAUUACUGUUAUUACAGUUUACUGUCUUUCGAAUCAAUGCCAAAUAUUGCCACGGACUUGUUGUGUUUAAUCACUUCACAGUUGCUGUCCCUGCUUCGUUGUUUACGUUCGAUUUUAAAUUAUUUAUAGAAUAGUACACGUCCUUGAAAAUGUCUGGAAAGAGGAAAUGUAGUACAUGUGUACGCGCCUUGAAAACGUCUAGAAAGAGGAACAGUGAAUCUUGGAAUACAAAGUCCAUAAAGAGGAGAAAGGCUAUAACAUUAGAAGAGAAACACGAAAUUUUAAGCCUUCACGAAUCGGGAAUGAAAGUGAUGGAUCUCGCCUCUACGUUUCAUUUAAAUCAUUCUACUAUAAGCACCAUCUUAAAGAAUAAACAGAAGAUUUUAGAAGAGUUGAAAAGUGCUCGACCAAUGCAAUCGACUACCAUAAGGAAAAGGGAAGGUUUAAUUCCUGAAGUCGAAAAAGUGUUAAUGGUUUGGAUUACACAUCAGACUCGAACUGCUCAAAUGCCUUUAAAUCAAGCUACGAUUUCGGCAAAAGCGUUAUCUAUCUUCAAUACUCUGAAGAACCACCGCGGAGAGACAUCAAAAGGAGAGACGUUUAGUGCGAGUAAAGGCUGGUUUGAUCGUUUUAGAAAAAGAGCUGGCUUACUGAACGUAAAAGUUCAAGAGAAAGCUAUAAAAGAAUUCCCAGAAAAAUUGGCUGAAAUUAUCGAAGAAGAAGGAUAUUGUUCAAGACAAAUUUUUAAUGUAGACGAAACAGGAUUUUUCUGGAAACGGAUGCCUUCAGAAAGUUCUGUUGAAGAAGAAAAAUCGAGAUCUGGCUUAAAAGAAUCACAGGAUCGAGUGACAUUAUUGUUAGGUGCAAAUGCAGCAGGCGAUUGUAAAUUGAAACCCUUGUUGAUCUAUCGAACAGUUCCAAAGGGAAUAAACAACGAAACGUCACCAGUGAUUUGGAAAUGGAAUACUAAAGCUUGGCUGACUGCAUCAAUCUUUGAAGAAUGGUUUUACCAGCAUUUUGUACCCGAAGUAGAAAAGUAUUGUAUUGACAAUGAUCUUCCUUUUAAAGUUCUGCUGCUUUUGAAUAAUACACCAGGUCAUCGAUUGAUUUUUCAAGAUGCUUAUCCUAAUGUAAGGAUAAUCUUUUUUCCACCAAAUACUAAUUUAAUUUUUCAACCAAUGUAUCAAGGUGUUAUUGCUUCCUUCAAGGUAUAUUACCUUCUGCGUACAUUUGAAGAAAUAAUGAAGGCAAUCAGUGAAGAAGAAAAAGAUGGUCUAACGGUUCGACAGUUUUGGCAGAGAUUUAGCAUUUUAGAUGCCACAAAAAUCAUUGCAGAUGCUUGGAACAAAAUCAAUGAAUCAAACUUGAAAGGAGUUUGGAAGAAACUCUGCCCAUAUUUCGUGGAAAAUUUUGAAAGUUUUGAAUCUUCUUUGGAAAAGGCCAUAACGAUUGUAGUUAAAAUAGCAAAUCGAUUGGCGCUAAAAGUUUCUAUUGAAGAUAUCAACGAAUUAUUAAACUCGCAUGAUGAGGAGCCUACUAUUAUGGAACUUAUCGAAAUUGCAGAACAAGGAACCAUCGAAGACGACGAAAAAGAAGAAGAGAAAACUGCAGAGGAAAGAAUCGUCAAAAAAGACGAAAAAGAAAUUACACAAAAAACAGCCAUCAAGAAAAAUAAACGGGGAAAAACAGAAGAAUCUAAUCCUCUUUCUACCUUUACAUUACAGAGACUUACAGAAGCUUUUGAAAACAUUAACUCUGGUCUGGAAAUUUUGAAAGCUGAUGAUCCUAAUUGCGAACGGAGUUCAAAAGUUUUAUCCAAAGUCACAAAUGCCUUGUUAUGCUAUAAAGAAAUUUACCGAGAGAAGAAAAACUGUUGUAAUUGUUAAGUAUCCGUACUUUUUGUUGCCAUAUGUAUAAUUUUAUGUAGUUGAAAGUUUCUUAUAGAAAUGCAAACUUUAAUUUAUAACACUAAACAUAUGAGGCAUUAGUAUUCGACUUACUCACUUAACGACGAUUUCCCAGGACGAUUUACUGUGUAUUUUAUUCAUUAAAAAAGUAGUAAAAAAGAUGAGGUUCCAUUUCAUUAGCAUAUUGAGAUGCAGCGAUACCUGAACACAUCUCUCUCAUACCAUU